AUGGACAGACCAACUCUGGAGAUCUUGCCGCCGGAGAUCCUCCACGGCAUCUGUUCGGCCCUCCUCCAAGAUGACAAACCCAGCGUCGCGGCCUUCUCUCUGACGAGCAGGCGCAUACACGCUUUCGCCGCGGCAGCGCUAUUCAGGACGCUGACCUCCGUCGUCGCCUCAAGCGUGCCAAAGAAUCCGGAUACUACACAGUUAUGGACAACGCGACAGGCAAGCAGCCUGCCCAACCUUUUACGCACCGUCCUCACGAAUAAAGAGAUCGCGUCCUAUGUAAGGGAGAUCAAUUUUGACACGCCGCAAAAUAGUAUCACCAUCUUCGUGACGAGGAACGAUGACCGGAUUCUGAGGACCGCAGCGGACGGUGUCGGGCUGAGUCUCCCAGCGAGACUGUCUGGUAGGGAGGCCAUGCAAUGCAUGACGGAAAUACUCGCCAUCAACACGCCCAACCUCCGCUGCCUCCGCUUCAGCUGUUCAAUUAUACAUUACGGCCUCAAACCGCCCAUGGCGCAGAUGAAACCAUCCACUGGGCGUAUGCUGCCUCCUAUGCAGAUAAUUAGAGCAGCAGCCAUAGCUGCCGAAGGACACCCGCCGCUACUUCCCAGCCUCGUCGAUGUGAGGAUCAGGGACGUUGGCUCAGUCGAGUGCAUCAGGCCGCUUUCCAAGCUGUCACCAAACAUCAGCACGCUGCAUUUGCAUCGUGUAUGUGGGCACAUAGUUGACGUCUGGUUCGCCAAUGUCAAGUGCCUCCAACUCACUGAUGCCGACUUCACGGCACGGGAGUUCAAAGACCUGAUAGGCGGAUUUCCCGUCCUGGAACGGCUCCGACUUCAAUAUUUCUCCAUAGACUGGGAGGACAGACAACGCCUAGUUGUGAAUCCGCAGCAAGUCAUCGAAGCACUCAAGCCGGUCGCGACACGCAUGCGAGAGCUCAGACUGCGUUUCGCGCGCUGGCAGCAGAGACACAGGGACAUCAACCUCCUCGAUCAGCAAUCUACAGAUCAUCCUGCCCCCGCCGGCCUGUUGACGUCUCUGGAAACUUUCAAGGCCCUGGAGCAUCUCGACGUUGACGGGAGUUGCCUAUGGGCGACCCGUUACUAUGAAAAGCAGGAGACUAACCAGGCGAAAGUUAAUUCAUUGCUUAGCAUGCUUCCACAGGGACUGUUAAAGCUCGAAUUUGAAGGGCUUCGGGAUGAUAUAGACGAUCUCGAUGAUGACGAUGAGGACGGCCUUUUGAUACUUGCACGUCAAGUCAAACAACGCUGUCCAGAAUUGCAACAGGUCACAUAUUGCUCCUCUCUUUCUGAAAAUGUCGUCGAGGGGCGAUUGCCAGCACUGAUGAGGGCCUUUUCAGCAGAAGGCAUCGCGUUCAGGUUUCUGGAGUGGUCAGCGAGGGUUGGCUUCUCGGAGUAG